UCGCUACGUUUCUUCGACAGACCCAUCCAUUGACUCAUAGAGUCACAUUCUUAAUUCAUCUAUAAAAUAACCCUCUAAGAAUCAUUAAUCUGUCAUCACAAACCCAAAGCCCCAAAUUUCGAUUUCUCAGCAAACUCAAAGAAUAACAAAGAGCCUUCAAUCCCAAUAAUUUCUUUCAAAAAAUUUGCACAAGAUGCAGUCAUUUGGUGAUAUGCAAUCAAUGGCUUCCAAUAUAUUUUCAGCCUACGCAUCUGUUGCGGCAUCAAUGAUGCUAUUUCGAACCAUGGCGCAUGAUAUUAUCCCGAAGCCCGUAAAAUCUUACAUCAUAUCUGUUUUCACUCGAAUUUUCUGCUAUUUUUUCACUCCAUUGUCGACCCGAAUCACAAUGGUGGUGGACGAGAAAAAUGGGAUGACCCGCAACCAAAUCUACGACUCUGCUGAUGUUUAUCUGAACACAAAAAUCAGCCCAAAUACGGAGAGAUUCAAGGUAAGCAAGAAUCCCAAGAAGAAAAGUAUUAGUCUAAGUAUGGAGAAAAAUGAGCUGGUGAUUGAUACUUUCAACGGCAUUCAACUUGAAUGGCAGUUUGUGUUGAAAGUGCUUGAAAAUAAAAACGGUCAUUAUCAGCCAGAGAAAAGGUACUUUGAACUCCGUUUUAAUAAACAGUAUAGAGAAAUGGUGUUGAAUGAGUAUUUGCCUUUUGUAAUAGAAAAGGCCAAAGAAAUUAGGGGAAAAGACAGGAAUGUGAAAUUGUACACAAGGGAUUGCCCAUAUGCAGACGAUGAAGAAGGUGGAGUAAAAAAAGGUGGGAAUUGGGGUUGUGUGAAUUUGGAUCAUCCUGUGACUUUUGAGAAAUUGGCAAUGGACCCACAAUUGAAAACAGCAAUAAUUGAGGAUUUGGACAGGUUUGUGAGGAGAAAAGAGUACUACAAGAAAGUUGGAAAGGCUUGGAAAAGAGGGUAUCUUUUGUAUGGGCCUCCGGGGACUGGGAAAUCGAGCUUGGUUGCAGCAAUGGCGAAUUACUUGAAGUUCGAUGUCUAUGAUUUGGAGCUUACCAGUUUGCAUUCCAAUUCUAAUUUGAAAAGGACUUUGUUCUCGACUACCAAUCGAUCCAUUAUUGUGAUUGAAGAUAUUGAUUGCAAUGCUCCGAUGCUCAACCGGAAUGCUGAGCCUAAACUUUCUGAUACCAAGGUUAGUCGAAAUUUCAUGGCAGAAUUCGAUUACUUGCUUUACCUGUAUUAUUUCUGCGGUCGUGCUAGCUGUGCACAAUGAUAAGUAGCGUGAGAUAUGAUUAGGUCGGACUUAAAAAAUAAUAAUAACAAAAAUAAAAAUUGCUUCUCCACCCUCUUUUUUACAUUUCAUUUGUAUGUAAACAAACUUCGUCACGUCCAAGUACCAUUAUUCUUAUUUCUCUGCUUGCUAUUACUGGUGUUCUAGUGUCCUAGAAUCCUGGCUUAUGGGUCUAGCACGAGCUUGUCUAGGCCCUAUAUGGAAUCCUGGUCGGCUAGUUUAACCCCUGUUUGACUCUCUUUAAAUUAAAUAAAAUUUUUUUAUUUUUC